AUGCAGAAAUUCCUAGUCGCUUUUGCUUUGGCCGUGGCCUGCGUACACGCUGACGUGGCGCACUUAAAAAGUCCUGAGGCCGAUGCUCAGGUGCUGAGGUCCACCGCCGACGUCCAACCUGACCAAUACAGCUUCGCCUUUGAAACCAGCAACGGUAUCGCGGCUCAAGAAUCUGGUGUUCUCAAGAACGUAGGCAAGGACGAGGCUGCUCUAGAAGUCCAGGGUAGCAACCAAUAUACCGCCCCUGACGGCCAACCUAUCCAGCUCACUUUCAUCGCUAACGAAAAUGGCUACCAACCUCAGGGCUCUCAUCUGCCUACGCCGCCACCACCGCAACCCAUCCCGGAUUACAUCCAACGCUCCCUGGACUACAUAGCGGCCCACCCACCCAAGCCCGAAAACAAGUUCUAGGACGCAUUCGGAAGAUUCUAG